AUGGCGGCUAACAAGGCGUCCCGAUUGGGGGAAGAGACACGGAUAGACAAGGUCAACGCCGAGCUGGUCGUCCUCACAUACGGCACCAUCGUUGCGCAGCUGUGUAAGGACUUUGACAGCGACUAUGUCGAGGUCAACAAGCAACUCGAUAAGAUGGGGUACAACAUCGGUCUGCGCCUAAUCGAGGAUUACCUUGCGAAAUCCAACACUGUACGCCGAUGUUCGAACUUUAAGGAAACAGCCGAGAUGAUCGCGAAGGUUGGGUUCAAGAUAUUCCUCAACAUCACGCCAACGAUAGCGAAUUGGACCAACGACGGCAAGCAGUUCUCACUGAUCUUCGAUGAGAACCCCUUUGCCGACUUUGUGGAACUACCCGACGACGGCCGGGCCCAAGACGAGCUGUGGUAUUCGAAUAUCCUGUGCGGCGUGUUGAGGGGAGCGUUGGAGAUGGUACAAAUGCAGGUGGAGGCCCAUUUCAUCAGCGACGUGCUCAGGGGUAACGAUACGACCGAGAUGCGCAUCACGCUGAUACGAUAUAUCGAUGACGAGUUGCCACCAGAGGACGACUAG